AUGGUUGGUCGAUCUUCAACGCUUCUAAUUUUCAUCGGUAAGUCCAAAAACAAUUUUUUUACUCAUUAAAAACAUUUUUUUUUCCUAUGCUUUUAUCUAUUUGAAGAGUACGGGAAAUUAUUCACAUGGUGCGCAUCAAAAAAAAAUCCCCUCCAGAAAUCGGUUGCACAGUGCUGUACAAAAUUUUUUUGCACAGUGCGGCACAAAAAACGUUUUUGCACAGUGCAGGAAACUUUUAGACUUUUUUUGCACCGUGCGGUACAAAAAAUUGUUUGCACAGUGCAGAAAAUUUUAGUUUCUUUUUUUUGCACAGUGCAGAAAAAACUUUUUCGCACCGUGUAGGAAACUUUCAGACUUUUUUUGCACAGUGCCAAAAGAUGUCUUUUCGCACCGUGCAGGAAGACUUUUGACCUUUUUGCACAGUGCGCCACAGUAAACUUCAAAACUUUUUUGUGCACCGUGCGCGACAACAAACUCUUUUGUGGCGCACGGUGCGGAAAUUUUGUGUCGAAAUCCCAAAAAUUGUCCGCACUGUGCGACCCAAAAUCAAAUUUUUUUUGUGCACAGUGCGACGCAAAAAACGUUGCCGCGCACAGUGCAAAGAAAAAACGCACAGUGCAAUCAAAGCCUUAGCACAUUGCACGGUGCAGAAUUUGAGUUCUUUUUUGCACAGUGCAAAAAAAAAAAUAAUUUUUUCUGGGUUGCACAGUGCGUUCAACCGAGUUUGCAACACCGCACCGUGCAAUGCGAAAAAAGAAAAAUUUGCGCACAGUGCAGCGACAAAAACGCCAAAAAUCGCCAAAAAGUCACGAAAACCCACCUUAUGAGUGAAAUUUUGUUUUCAAAGUCUGGGUUUUAUCAAUUGGUUUAGACGGAAUUGAAGUGUUUAUGACCCUAUUUACAACGAUAAAAUUCGCCCUUUCCGGGUUACAACUAAUUUUUAGGGAACCCUAAAAAAAUUGUACUCUUAUGUUAGUUUUUUUGGAAGUUGUUUGGUUUUUUCGAGUGUCUCGGAAAAAAUCAUUUUUUUUGACUUUACAAUUGGCAAAAAAAGGAAAAUUGGAACUUGCACAGUGCGGCGGCAAAAAAAAAUUUUUUGCACAGUGCAAACAAAUUCUAAUCGUUCUGGAAAGUCGCCGGACUGAUUUUUGGCGUUUGCACUGUGCGAAAAAAGUCAGGGUGCAAGCGACAACCCGAAAAAGCCUGUUGCACGGUGCAAAAAACAAGAAAUUGCACAGUGCAGAGAGAAAGUUUUGUUUUCGCACAGUGCGUGUCGCGAAAAUCACUCAAGCGACUUGCACUGUGCGAAAAAAGUCAGGGUGCGAGCGACAUCCAUAAAAUUUGAUUUUGCGACAUUGCACAGUGCAAUUUUUUUUUGAAAUUUUGCAUAAAAAUUUUUUUUAUUUUUUUAUUUUUGUAUUGUGUAAAAAAAAUUUUUUUUUUUGUUUAAUUUUUCACUGUGCUUAUCACAAAAAAAAUUAUGAUAAAAUAUCAGUCUGUCGGGAAAAUAAUGAGCACACUGUCGCUGCGUCGAAUCACGUCGCUGAAAUGAAAGCAAUUUGAUUUUCUCCACGACAAAAUUCAUUUACUCGGCGGCGAUGCGAUUUUCGAUGCGGCAGAGUGCUCAUUAUUUUCCCGACAGACUGAUAUUCUUAUAUGUAAUUGUAAGAUUGUUCGUUUAUCAAUUAUAUUUUCAGUGACCGUCAUUUAUGCCAGGUCCUUUGCAGAGGAGAAUCAAGCGGAUCCGAGUCCCCCGCAGCCCCCUACCGACUCGCCUCAGCAGCUUCUAAGUCGGCAAACCCCAGCACGUCGGCCGGGAGGAGGGCUGGGACCGGACGAUGGCCAUCAAGCUGGUGAACCUCAAGGCUUCCGCGAAGGCGAACACCAUGAGCAACCGGAGAGAGAGCCUGCUUCAACGCCAACCAAAGAGCCGGAAGUGUCCAUAACGAUCGAGAAAUCAGCAGCUAACAUGGUUGGCAUUAUACCGUUUGUAGUCUUAGUCGCCGCGUUUUUAGUCCAAUAA